CCCCAGGGACUUCUGGGUCAGUGACGGUUGGGCGGUGAGGUGAUACCUCAGCUUGGUGGAAACACUGAGUCAUGCCCUCCAAGGGGAGGUCAGGUCGGAAGCGGAAAAGGUCGAAGACCCAGGAGAUGCAGGGUGUGCACUCAAGGCUGGCAGCUUGUGAGGCAGGACGCAAUGAGAACCCGGCGGUAGGGUCAAAUCGCGGAGGUGACAAUCCUGGGCAUGAAGCCAUCAUGGCUGCCAUGCCUCAGCCUGUCUGGCAGGCUUUUCUGCGUGGCCUCCAGGCUGAGACACGCUACUCUCUGGUUAGGAUGUGGGCCCACAAGCGCUUCGGGAUCCUCGUGCUCGCUUUCUGGGCCCUGCUGCUGUUGUGCUACUUCCUGAGUUCUGGGUCCUCAGAUUCUGUGUCUUCAGAUGAAUAUACCCUGAGGAGCAAUGAAAAUGAUGAUGGACAAUCUCUGGAAGAAGCAUCUGUGUGGGGAGCACUGUCUAGUUUUUUCUUUCCAACAACAUGCAUUGUAAAGGAGAAUCAGGUGGUAAAACCUUGCAGGAAGGCACAAGAUAUUAAGGAGAGUGAAUGUCUGAAAUACAAAUGCUGUUUUUCUUCAGUUGUGGCCAGUGACUUCAGUUGCUUUUCUCCAAUAAGAGACAAGCCUACACAGAUGUUCCGGUUGUUUGGACUUGGUGUGAUCAGCAUGAUCAUCCUGGGAUGUCUGCUCAUUUGUUGCUGCUCUCUUUGCCAGAGGAGCAAAUGGGCCAAUCCUCUACGAAGAAAGGUCGAUAAAAUUUUAAAGGAUUUGAAGAAGCAAAGAGACAAACUGAAGGAUACUGAGAUGAUAGCAAUGGAAGGUGAUGAAGAAGAUGAAAAGGAGCAAGAGACCAGAGCUCUUGUUCUCUCACUGAAUUGAAUGCGAACCAUACAGAGAGAGCAGAGGAGACUGUUUCAGUCAUCCAAGCCAGAUGGAGCAUUUUGGAA